AUGGAAGGGACAGUUGGUGUGCUAGUGCAACAGCUGGCAGAGGUUUUUGUAUCUUGGGAUGAGGUUUUUGACUUGACUCGGAAUGUUGGAAAGAAAUUAGGCUUUGUUGUUGUUACUACGAGGUCUGAUUAUGGGAGCAUUACAAAGAAGGAAUUUUUGGCAUUAGGAUGCGAGCAGGGUGGCAAAUACAAUUUGUACAAGUUUGUCUUGAAGCGUCAGGGUACCAGAACAAGAAAGUGUGAGUAUCCUUUCAAGUUAAGAGCGAGACCAAGGAAGGACGACACGGGUUGGAGGGUGAAAGUGCUACAUGGAGAGCACAAUCAUGAGAGAUCGGAGACUUUGUUUGGCCAUGCAUAUACGUCGGUCACCAUCAGACAAAUGUCAAUGAACGUAUGUCAUACAUUAAGUCCAAGAGGGGGCUUUGAAAGAAAUACAACACUUGAUGAGGUUGUUGGAGCAAGACAGGCUGAAGAAGGAUCCAUUGUGGUUAGAUCUCUAUUAUGGGCAUAUCUAGCUUCAACUCAGUUUUUUAAUCAAUUCCCCACUAUUGUUUUGAUUGAUAGAACCUACAAAACCAAUAAGUAUAAGAUACAUUUUCUGGAGAUGGUAGGUAUGACAUCAAUUGACAUGACAUUCACUAUAGCUUUUGCAUACUUGUCCAAUGAGCGUGAACCUUUUACAUGGCGCUAG